AUGGCUCUCUCUCCAAAGUGGUAUCAGUUCCUGGUCUCCCUCUUCGCCUCCUUGGGAUCAGUCCUCUACGGCUAUGAUCUCGGUGUAAUCGCUGAGGCUGUGGCCUCGGACAACUUCAUCGCCACCUUCAACCCAACAACAAGCGAGACAGGUGCCGUAGUCUCCGUCUUCACUGGAGGCGCCUUCUUUGGAGCAGGAUUCGCCGGACCUGUAGGCGACUGGCUAGGACGAAAGUACACUAUCAUGCUUGGCGCUCUAAUAUUCAUCCUUGGUGGUGGCCUCCAAACUGGUGCUCAGACCUUGUCGUAUCUAUAUGCUGGCAGAGCGAUUGCUGGUCUAGGUGUUGGAUUCCUGGUCAUGAUCAUUCCGCUGUAUCAGGCAGAAUUGGCACACCCCAGUAUCCGUGGUCGAGUCACUGCUUUGCAGCAGUUUAUGUUGGGCAUUGGUGCACUUGUCGCAUCGUGGGCUGCUUAUGGGACAUAUACCGGCUUCGCAGCCACAGAUAGCAAGCAAUGGCGCGUACCGCUAGGCAUCCAGAUCAUCCCGGCGGGCUUCUUAGCGGCCCUCAUCAUCUUGUUCCCGGAAUCUCCAAGAUGGCUCAUCGACAACGGCCGUACAGAGGAAGGCCUCCAGACGCUUGCCAAGCUACACGCCCACGGUGACAUCAACGACACCUUCGUCCAAGCAGAAUUCGGUGCGAUUCAAGACAUGAUCACCUUCGAGCACGAAAACGAAGCGAAAUCCUACGCCGAGCUCUUCACCAACCGAAGCUCUUUCCGACGCCUCUUCCUCGCCGUUGCCAUGCAAGCGAGUGUCCAAAUGACUGGCGUCUCAGCCAUCCAAUACUACUCGCCCGUCAUCUUCGCCCAGAUCGGCAUCCCCACUGCCGAUACGCUGAAGUACCAAGGCAUUAAUUCCAUCAUCGCCUUGAUCGCUCAGUUCUCCUGCAUCAUGUUGAUCGAUUACACAGGCCGCAGAUGGGCUAAUAUUGGCGGCAACCUAAUGAACUGCGUCACCUUCAUAAUCGCCACUGCGUUGCUAGCAGAAUUCCCACCAGGAGCCAGCAAGAAUCUAGGAGCUGAGUGGGGUUUCAUCGUCAUAACAUGGAUCUACAACUUCAGCUUCUCCUGCACCAACGGCCCUCUAUCCUGGAUUGUGCCGGCCGAGAUCUUCGAUACCAGAACCCGAUCAAAGGGUGUCAGUAUAGCGACUAUGAUGUCCUUCGCCUUCAACACCAUGAUCGGACAAGUCACGCCAAUAGCGAUGAAAAAUAUUGGGUGGAAGUUCUAUAUCCUUUUUGUCGUCUGUAACUUCACCAACGCCAUCUUCUUCUGGGCCAUCCAGCCGGAAACGGCCAAACGUCCGCUAGAAGAGAUGAACUACCUGUUUACCAAUGCGCCACUCUUCGUGCCGACCAUGAAUAUGAAGGAGUUUGAUCUGCAUGAUCUCGAGAAUAGGGUCCAGGAAGUUGAGAGGAAGGGGAGUGUGACUAGUCAUGUUGAGUGA